GGCCGCACGGACGCGUUGGGGGGCACUGGGAAGCAUUGGGGGGCCGGAAGUGGGUGUCCCGCGCGUUUCGCCCGCCGCCAAGCUCAGCCCGAGCUGAGGAGGAGACACGGCGAUUGGGCGGGAUUUCAGAAUGACUGAUACUUCUGAAGCGGCUCCGAAUUUCGAAGAGAUGUUUGCCAGCCGAUUCACAGAAGACGACAAAGAAUACCAGGAAUACCUGAAACGCCCUCCAGCAACCCCUCCGAUUGUGGAGGAUUGGAACAGCAGAGCGGGUGGGGGCCAGAGGAAUAGAGGCAAUUGGUUGCAAGACAACAGACAGUUUAGAGGUAGGGACGGCAGACGGGGGUGGCCCAGUGACAACCGAUCCAACCAAUGGCACGGACGCCCCUGGGGCAACAACUACCAGCAGCACAGACAAGAGCCGUACCACCCUCACCAGUAUGGCAAUUACGGCUACAACCAGCGGCCUCCCUACGGUUACUACUGAGAGAAACGUCAGCAGCUUUUCCUGAAACUGUUUACUCUGUUAGCGAGACAAACGUGUGUGUGUGUGUGUCUGUGUUUUUUCUGUUGGUUGUCCUUUUGCAUCUGACUUUGGAAAAUAAUUUUUUUUUUUAACUUGAGACAUUUUUUAAAAAAUUAGAUCUUUCUGGAGCGGUGGGAUGGUUGCUGGGAAUAAACACCUUCCUAAAAAUGUUGUGGGUUAUAUUGCUUGACUUCUACCUCAGACUCUUCGUUUCAUGAACAUGGUAUAUCUUUUCCUUGUUUGACCUCCAGGAGUUCUUUGUUUUACUCAGAAAUAAAACAGGAAUUUUAAAAUAGAAAA